AUGGAGAGGAUCAUCUCAGGGUGUCCUGCCCUUGAAGAUCUCUCGGUGAUUAGGCCUGUUGAUUGUUAUAAUGCAAAUGUUGUCAAGUUUCUACGCGUGAGGUCUCAAACCCUUAAAAGAUUCCGUCUCAUGUUUGAGAACUGUUGGGGUGGUACAAAGUUUUCAGUUGAGAUCGAUGCUCCGAGUCUGGAGUAUAUGAGUUUUAGAGAUGACCAAUCUGAUGUGAUUGUAGUCAAGAACUUGACUUCUUUAUACAUGAUUGACAUUGAUUCUGCGUUUAAUGUUAAGUUUGGAGGCAGUCCUUUGGAACAGGAGGAUUCAAGCAAGAAAGAUACUAUCCAUAACUUCUUCGAGUGA